UAUAGUUUUACUGCGGACUUACAUGUACUUUGGCAUGGCGGCAGUUUUCGCAUCUGUGCUCGUUUACUCUAUGGUAAUCGCCGCCAUUACACUUCUCACGAAAAUCAAUGUUAUCGUUAAUUUCGUAUUCCAGUGUUACGUAAUACUUCUCGUCAGAAGUGCAAUAGUUGAUAUCAAAGAGGAACUCGACGAACAGAAGAAUGGUCAAAUCACUUUAUACUCUGUGACAAAACUGACACCAGAGACAACUGUCAUAAAAGACAUCGAAACUCCACCAGAAACUGACUGUGAUAUCACAGAAGAUGACAAAAAAGAAGAGAAGAUAAAACUAGAGACAGUCAAUGAGAAUUCGAAAGAAGAGUAAU